AUGCCCAACAACGCGUCGACCGACACUGUCGAAUUUCCUCUAGAUCUCCCUGUUGCGCAGCUGCAGACUAUUCAGCUGGGGAGACUGCAAGCAGGUGACCAGGAUGAAGCCCAGCGUCUACUUGACGCGAGUCGAAAGGAUGGUGUCUUCUAUUUGAAUCUGGCAGUUGCGCAGGCGGAAAUCCUUCCGGUCCUGGAUUCUAUCUACGAGCUCUCAGAGGGACUCUUUGAUCUGCCGCUCGAAGAUAAAUGUCUCUAUGAUGUGGAUAAGUUGGGUAACAUGAAAUGCAAUGGAUACAAGCCCGUGGGUCGCAACUUCGGAGGACUAGAGGGUAAACGCGAUGGAUUCGAGACCUACGUGAUCCCCAAGAACGGAAUUUUGAGCCUAGACAAUCAGCUGGACUUUCCCCGCCCCCCACUGAUUGACCAAUACAUGAGCACCCUGCGACAGUUCACCAACUUCGUCAACACAACCUCCCAGACUAUUUUCGACACACUCUCCCACUCUCUGGAGCUCCCCGAAACCGGGAACCUGAAGCUCUUCCACCGCCAGUCCGCCCCAUCGCCCGACAUCAUCCGUCUCCUCAAGUACCAGUCUCAGCCCGCCGAGCAGCGCGGGGUCCCGCACGCCGCUCACACCGACAUGGGCACGCUGACCUUCCUGUUCACCCGCCAGCCCGGGUUACAGAUCCAGAACCCCGGUGAAGAGGUCUGGAGAUGGGUGCUGCCGCGCGAGGGCCACGCCAUCGUCAACUUGGGUGACGGCCUCUCCCUGCUCACCAACGGUUACCUGCAGUCCUGCGUCCACCGCGUGGGCCCUCUUCCCGAUCGGGCUAUGCCGACCCGCUAUUCGUUCGCGUACAUGGUGCGUCCGGAGAACCAGACGGUGAUGGCCGCGCCGCCGACGGAAUGCAUCCCUGCUCGUGACCCCGAUGCGACGGUGCUGACGGCGCAGGAGUGGUUGGAGAAGAAGUACUCUGUGCUGCGGUUGGAUGCGCGGCCGGAUGACUUGGUAUGGAUGAUGACGGGACAGCAGGGGAGGUAG